AUGUAUUAUGUAGAUACGGAUGCGGAAGACACUCUAGGACUCACACAUCAUUAUAGGGGUCUUCGUCAUCGUUUAUGGCAUUCAAGAUUUGCUCGUGAUAUGCUAAAAUUACAUAAUUAUGUUCGUGCAUAUCAUAGUGCACCACCACUUGUUAAAAGUCGACGAUUAAAUAAAAUUGCUCAAUCAUAUGCUGAAUAUUUAGCAGCUACAUCAACAUUUCAACAUAGUGGAAAUCAACUUGGCGAUGAAUCUUUAGGAGAAAAUCUGUAUAUGGUAUGGAUAUCUGAUGGUCAAGUACAAACUUCUCCAGAGGAAGCAGUAGAAAGUUGGUAUCAGGAAAUAGCAAUGCAUGAUUUUGACAGACCAACAUAUUCACCUGAAACUGGUCAUUUUACACAAUUAGUAUGGGGAUCAACGAGAAAACUAGGCGUUGGAAUAGCUUAUUCACCUAAUGGAAAUGAAGUUUAUAUUGUAGCUAAUUAUUAUCCAGCUGGAAAUAUUGUUAAUCCAGGAUAUUUCGAAAGUAAUGUUUUACCACUAAUUUAUUAA